GCGGCUGAGCCGAGAGAGGGCAGGGGCGCCGCCACCAGCACCACCGCCUCCGAAGUUCCCCCUUGUGGGUGCACGGCCCCGGCCGGUCGCUCUGCUGGCCCCCGGGCGCAGAGGGGCCCCAAGAGGCCGGAGGAGCGGGCUCGGGACGGUAUUUCUGAGGAAGGGGAGAGGACGGGCGCCCCACCCGCAGGAAGGCUGGGGGGCUCGGUGAACGAUGAAGGGCCGGCGGCGGCGGCGGCGGGAGUACUGCAAGUUUGCGCUGCUUUUGGUGCUGUACACGCUGGUGCUGCUGCUCAUCCCCUCCGUGCUGGACGGCGGCCGCGACAGCGACAAGGGCGCCGGGCACUGCCCGGGCGUGCAGCGCAGCCUGGGAGUCUGGAGCUUGGAGGCGGCGGCGGCGGGCGAGCGCGAGCAGGGCGGGGAGGCGCGACCGGCUGCAGAGGGGGACGUGGGCCAGUCCCCCGGGUCCCCGGGCAACCUGAGCGGCGCCGUCGGGGAGGCGGCGUCUCGCGAGAAGCAGCACAUCUAUGUGCAUGCCACCUGGCGCACCGGCUCGUCGUUCCUGGGCGAGCUCUUUAACCAGCACCCGGACGUUUUCUACUUGUACGAGCCCAUGUGGCAUCUAUGGCAGGCUCUGUAUCCGGGCGACGCCGAGAGCCUGCAGGGCGCGCUGCGCGACAUGCUGCGCUCGCUCUUCCGCUGCGACUUCUCGGUGCUGCGGCUGUACGCGCCGCCGGGGGACCCCGCCGCGCGCGCCCCGGACGCAGCCAAUCUCACCACGGCCGCCCUCUUUCGCUGGCGGACCAACAAGGUCAUCUGCUCGCCGCCGCUCUGCCCCGGCGCGCCCCGUGCCCGCGCUGAGGUCGGCCUCGUCGAGGAUGCCGCCUGCGAGCGCAGCUGCCCGCCCGUGGCUCUCCGCGCCCUGGAGGCCGAGUGUCGCAAGUAUCCGGUGGUGGUCAUCAAGGACGUGCGCCUCCUCGACCUGGGCGUGCUGGUGCCUCUGUUGCGCGACCCCGGCCUCAACCUGAAGGUGGUGCAACUUUUCCGCGACCCGCGGGCCGUGCACAACUCGCGCCUCAAGUCCAGGCAGGGGCUGCUGCGCGAGAGCAUCCAGGUGCUGCGCACCCGCCAGCGGGGCGACCGCUUCCACCGCGUGCUGCUGGCGCACGGCGUGGGCGCUCGGCCCGGGGGCCAGUCCCGCGCCCUGCCCCCUGCGCCGCGCGCCGACUUCUUCCUGACCGGCGCGCUCGAGGUCAUCUGCGAAGCCUGGCUGCGCGACUUGCUGUUCGCGCGCGGCGCGCCCGCCUGGCUGCGGCGCCGCUACCUGAGGCUGCGCUACGAGGACCUGGUGCGGCAGCCGCGCACCCAGCUGCGCCGCCUGCUGCGCUUCUCUGGGCUGCGCGCGCUCGCCGCGCUCGACGCCUUCGCGCUCAACAUGACGCGGGGCGCGGCCUAUGGCGCCGACCGACCCUUCCACCUGUCGGCGCGCGACGCCCGCGAGGCCGUGCACGCCUGGCGCGAGCGCCUGAGCCAAGAGCAGGUACGCCAGGUGGAGGCGGCCUGCGCUCCCGCCAUGCGUCUGCUGGCCUACCCUCGCAGCGGAGAGGAGAGCGACCUGGAG